UUGCAGAGAGUGGAGGAGACAGAGUAGAGAAUGCAGAAAAAUGGAGGAACACUCAGAAUUUCUUUUUACCAACUUUAUGUUAUUUGCAUAAUAUGAAAACAAGUAUCACUCAAUUGCAUGAAUUGAAUUUGCUCUUGUUCUACUCUCAAGUGCAAGAUAAUUGCCAGGUGAAUCAACAUCCCUCCCCAAACCUACACAAAUACACACACACAUACAUGUGCAUGCACAUGAUAACUUUUAUUUCCUAGAAGCCUAAUUAAAUGUUAGGUUAAAAGAAUAUUCUGGCUCAGUGCACUCUCUACCUGCUGCCAGGCCUUGCUGUUUUGUUUUUCUAUGCUUCCAGACCCUCUGCUGUGACCAUGCUCUGUCAGAUCCUCAGUCAAGCCAAGAAGUAUUCAAGUUUGAUCCCACUCUUUGUACGUAUUGGAGCCGGAGAUACUGGCACAGUGCUGUAUGUCACACGCCUGGCACUGUCCACACACCUGGUAUCUAUGGGGACAAAAAGAAUAAUCCAAAAACCCCAGAACAAGCAGAGCCCCAAUGAGCAAUAUAAGUUUCACUCAGUGAAUGCAGAUUACAGCAAACUGAAGAAAGAAGGUCCAGACUUCUAAAUGAAAAUUUUCACUAUAAAGCUGCUUAAAAUGAAGGUCUUCCAGAAGCCAGCUGCACAAUUUCCCAUUCACCCAGGAAAUAUUUCCCCUUCAAAUGCACAAAAUCAUGUUGAUGUAUUAUUCUGUUGGGGUUUACACUGAUUAACAAAUGUUUGAAACUU